ACUAAAGCGAAAUUUCAAUAUUAUCUGCAACUGUUUUCCUAACAAAAGAUAUCUUCAUCACUUCUUUCCAUUUCCAGUCAUUUCUGCCACCUGAAACGCUCCUAAAGAUCCCCUAAGUGUGAGUAGUAACUGAACUGUGCAUACACUGUGCACCGUGUGAGGAGAAAAGUGUAGCAGAUCUCAAAGCCCUUAAAGGGGAGGUGCUCUGAUUGGAAGUUUGUUUAAAUAACAGAAAAGAAGACUCAUGCUGCACAGUUCUGUCAGUGUGGCGUACUACAGACAUGUUCUUCAGCAGCGCUCUCCUUGUACUUUCUGUCCUCUCCUUGUGUGGGGGAAUGAAGAGUGGUAUUAUUGGAGGAAAUGAAGUGAAACCACACUCCCGACCCUACAUGGCGUCUGUUCAGAUUAACAAUAAACACAACUGUGGUGGUUGUCUUAUCAGAAAUGAUUAUGUGCUCACUGCAGCCCACUGUGUUGCCAACAUUGAUCACUCUGGAAAGGACAAGCUGGAAGUGUUACUCGGAGCUCACAACAUCAAUCGAAAGGAGUCCCAGCAGCAGAGAAUUCAAGUACAGCAAUUCAUCCCGCAUCCCAGUUACAAGCAGCAUGAUGGUCCAAAUGAUAUCGUGCUACUGAAGCUAUUGAGUGUUGCCAAGCUGAACAAGUUUGUGAAGGUUAUCGCUCUUCCUGAGAAGAAUGAGAACCUUCCAGACCAUCAGGAAUGUUCAAUAGCUGGCUGGGGAAGGACAGCACAGAACAGCAGCGUAUCGAGUGUCCUACGAGAGGUCAAACUCCAACUGCAGAAUAACUCUCAGUGCAAGAAACUUUGGAAGAACAAGUUUGACACAGACAGCAUGAUCUGCACUGUGUCUGAUGGGAAAAAAACUCCUUGUAAGGGUGAUUCAGGGAGUCCUCUUAUCUGUGGAAAUAUACCACAGGGAAUAGCUGCCUUUGGGAAGCUUGAUGACUGCUUAAGCCGCACGCAUCCAGUGGUUUAUAUGAAGAUCUCCUACUUUCUUCCAUGGAUUAAAAAAGUUAUUCCCUAGAAAGUGAACACAAUGGAAGUAAACAAAAUCCAAUAAAAUAUACAUUGAAUGCAUGAAAUAGUGUCUUCUUUUCUAUAAUAUAUAUUCUACAUUAUAUUCUAUUGUCUCACACGGGCAUUUAUGUUUAGAAAGUGAGAAAAAAAUGAAGAAAGAAAAUCAAAUAUGCUUUGGUUGGUAGAAGAAACCUAUCUAACCGAGCUGUCAUAUUAAAUUAUUGCUACUGGGAAACAAUA